CUCCUCCCCGCUGUGCCGCAGGUAUGGCCGCACCUGGCCCCGCCGCCGAGCGGCCCGCGGGAGCGACGCCCUGCUGAUCGGAGCUGCGGGAUCGCCCCCCAUGCCACGAGCGGCGCAGCAGCCCUGGUGAAGCCCGGCCCGACGCUGCCUCCCGGCCCGCCCGCCCCACGGAUGGCUGCGCAGAGGAAGCACUUGGUGAAAGACUUCAACCCCCACAUCACCUGUUACAUCUGUAAAGGCUAUCUCAUCAAGCCCACCACCGUCACCGAGUGCCUCCACACCUUUUGUAAGACUUGUAUUGUUCAGCACUUUGAAGACAGUAAUGAUUGCCCCAGAUGUGGCAAUCAGGUGCACGAGACCAAUCCAUUAGAAAUGUUAAGGCUAGAUAACACAUUAGAAGAAAUUAUAUUCAAACUGGUGCCUGGACUUCGAGAACAGGAACUACAGCGUGAGAUCGAAUUUUGGAGGAAAAACAAACCUCAAGAAAAUGGACAAGAUGAAAAUCCAAAAUCUGAUAAGCCCAAAGUAGAUGAAGAUGGUGAUGAAAAUCAGGAAGAUAAAGACUAUCAUAGGAGUGACCCACAGAUUGCUAUUUGCCUGGAUUGUUUACGUAACAAUGGACAGUCAGGGGAUAACGUAGUGAAAGGUUUAAUGAAGAAGUUCAUCCGUUGUUCUACACGAGUGACUGUGGGAACUAUCAAAAAGUUUCUCAGUUUAAAAUUAAAACUUCCAAGUUCUUAUGAGCUGGAUGUACUAUGCAAUGGAGAAAUCAUGGGAAAGGAUCAUACUAUGGAAUUCAUCUAUAUGACAAGAUGGAGACUCAGAGGCGAAAAUUUUCGGUGUCAGAACUGCUCAUCUUCGCAAGUCUGCUCACAGGAUGGCACUUUUUAUCAGUCUUAUCCUAUGGUACUGCAGUAUCGACCCAGAAUUGACUUCGGCUAGACCAAAGGUCCAGACCAUACUGAGAUGAAUUCUGCACUAUUGUUUACCCAUCGACAGAUUGCACAAUGAAUGGAUGUGCCUGGAUUAGGGGGACACAACCAGAUUUUCAGCAUGCAAAUAAGAACCUUGUCUUUCUUAAAAUUGUCAGUUGUUGUUUCUAUUAGAGCAAGCCAAGUGCCAUUCUGCUACUGAAAUGUGCAUAAGAUAUUUGUGGUAUCUUACAAGUGUGCUGCAAGUCAUAGCCAAAAUCACGAAGUGUGCAGUCAAGAUUCAGAAACUACGGAAUAUUUUGCCUGCGUGUUAGAAAAAGUUUCUGGUCUUCAUGUUGAUUACACUAGCAAAAUGGCCAAGUGCUCAUUCCAUGUCGUGUUGCAAUUUUCACACAAUUACUAUUUUACUGAAUAUUGUUGUAUAAAUGAUAGAGUACUGUACAGAAAAAUAAGGAUUAUAUCUUGAAAUAUUUUGUAUAGAAAAUAUAUUUAGAAAAGUGGUUAUUGUGCCACUGCCUUUCUCUUGGUAAGCUUCUGAUAGGUCCAGGUAUAGCUCACUCAUGAGUGUGCAGCAGUCCUUUUGCUAUGAAUGAUGUGUACCCUAGGCACAAGAGCAGAACACAGUAAUUAAAAAGCAUAAAUAGU